AAAGGAAGAACAAGGCCAAAAGAAAAAGGAACCAAAAAAAAAAAAAAAAAAAAAAAUCAGUCUCUCCCAAAUCCUGAAAUACUGCUUUGUUUAUGGAUCAAAACUUACAAAAAAUAGCAAAUUUUCAGGGCUCGAAAAAUAAAAAGAUUUACUAAAAUUUCUUCUUUAUUUUAUUUAUCUUUUUUUAUAAUUUUUAAAUAAUAAUUUUGUGAGCGUAAUAAAAUUUAUUUUUAUGAAUAAAAUCUUGAAGAUCUGAAUCCCGAGAAGCUGAAACAGAGAGAGAGAGCAAAUCCUGCUGCUGCUACUAAAAGCAGGCCAUAAUCCUCAUCACCAUCAAUGGUCUGUCACUCUCAUUUCUACAAUCUCAGCCGUUGAUAUUCACCGAUCGAUGAAGCUUAUGUUCUUCGAUACUAGGGUUUCUACCAUUGAUUUUAACCCAGUCUCUGUCACAGUCAUCGUCGUCGUCAACAUCAUCGUCAUCAUCGUCAUCAUUAUCCAUGUCGUCGACGACGAAGAUCAGUCCCGUACAUCACCGGAUCGACGGCCAGAUUUUGCCUCAGCCGUGUCCCCACCUGGCCGAGUUUCGCUCCAAGAACGGCUCCAAACCCUUCCACUUCCUACAAGACUGCCUCCGCGUCAAGCCGCCCGGAGGCCGAGCAGCGAUCCGCCGCGAACCCGAAGAGGUCCCGCGUUGUGGCGCGUGCGGCGACUCUUCCCGGCCGAGACUCUACGCUUGCGUGGCCUGCGCCGCCGUGUCGUGCCACGCACCUCCGGGACCUUCACACGCGGCCGCGCACGCGGAUUCGAUGCCUCCCGGGCACGAGAUCGCCGUGGACGUGGACCGAGCCGAGCUGUUCUGCUGCGCUUGCCGCGAUCAGGUUUAUGAUCGAGACUUCGACGCCGCGGUGGUGCUCGCGCAGACCGCGGCGUCAACACUGGGCGGGAACUCCUCCUCGGCGUCGGCGGCGAUUCAUAGUCAGCAGCCGGAAAAUCUAAGGAAACGGCGGAGGGUAGAUUACCGGCCAUGGACACCAGAUCUGAGAGAGCGAGUGUUGAUGGGAAGCUGCUCGAGUCCACUGGAAAGUUCGAAUUCGGGUUCGGAUUUGCCACGGGGAUUGCGAGGAUUGAACAAUUUGGGAAAUACAUGUUUCAUGAACUCGGUUCUACAAGCAUUGCUUCACACACCGCCAUUGCGGAACUAUUUCUUGAGCGACCGGCAUAACCGGUACUUUUGCCAGAAGAGGAACGGAGCUAACAUUGGGACUAGGAAGAAUGGGGGUAAUAAUAAUAAUAAUAAUACGGAUGCAAAUGGGAAUAAGAGCGCGCGAAUGUGUUUGGCUUGCGAUAUGGACGCUAUAUUUUCAGCUGUGUUUUCUGGGGAUCGAACUCCCUAUAGCCCAGCAAGGUUUUUGUACAGUUGGUGGCAGCAUGCGGCAAAUCUUGCAAGUUAUGAACAGCAGGAUGCGCAUGAAUUUUUCAUUUCCAUGCUUGAUGGAAUCCACGAAAAGGUGGAGAAAGAUCGGAGGAAACCCCAGAGUCAAGGCAAUGGAGACUGCUGUAUAGCUCAUAGAGUAUUUUCGGGCAUCUUGCGGUCUGACGUCAUGUGUAUGGCCUGUGGUUUCACAUCUACAACGUAUGACCCAUGUGUUGACAUCUCACUUGACUUGGAGCCCAACCAAGGAGGAACUACAAAAAUAGCAUCCACAAAGUCCAGUCACUCUUGCAAUGGUGAGACAGAUUGCACGAAUUCAAGGCAAAACUGUGGGGCAUCUACCCUGAUGGGAUGUUUGGACCGUUUUACAAGACCUGAGAGAUUGGGCUCUGACCAGAAAUUCUUCUGCCAACAGUGUCAGGUGAGGCAGGAGUCACUCAAACAGAUGUCCAUAAGAAAGCUACCACUAGUUUCUUGUUUCCACAUUAAAAGAUUCGAGCAUUCUUCAGUAAGAAAAAUGUCAAGGAAGGUGGAUCGCUAUUUGCAGUUCCCUAUUUCAUUGGACAUGGCACCCUAUCUUUCCUCAUCGAUUUUGAGAAGCCGAUUCGGGAAUCGAAUUUUCCCUUUCGAUGGGGAUGAGCCGGAUGCUUCAAAUGAGCUGUCGUCGGAGUUUGAAUUGUUUGCUGUUGUCACUCACACAGGUAAGCUAGAUGCUGGCCAUUAUGUGACCUACUUGCGGUUGUGUAAUCAAUGGUACAAGUGCGAUGAUGCUUGGAUCACUCAAGUUAAUGAAAGCAUCGUGAGGGCUGCACAAGGAUACAUGAUGUUUUAUGUACAGAAGAUGCUAUACUACAAGGCAAGUGAGAAACAGGUUGCUGGAUGAUAUGUUGGUGUGAUGAAGAAAAGAAACAGAAAAAUGAUACUCGAUUAUACUUAUUGGAGAAGACAAAAAGUUGGAAAAUAGUUUAUGGGGAUCAUGGUGAAUAUAUAAAUGGGGGCAUGAAACAAAGGAUUCCAUGGCCAGUUUUGUUCACCAUGAAAUCAAAUGGUAUUGAGUUGCUAGUGCUAUUGGUAAAAGAACUAGGCGGCUCCCUGUGCUCUCUGAGGAGAUCAUCGUUUAGAGAUAAAUUAUCAUUCUCAAUUUGGAGCAUAAAGUGCUGAAUUUUGGAGGCAGUUUUUGCUAUUACAAUUCUGAGUCUUCGAUAUUAUAAAGAUCUGAUUUUUAGAGUUUUUCUUAUAUUUUUCCACUUUGUGCUCAGAAAAUUCUUUGCAAAGGCAUUUUAAUCCUAAUACAAAGAAUUUGCACCACUCUGAGGUUCAUAGUUUGCUCAUCUUUUCAAAAUAUUCUUUGUAAAGCGAAACAUGAAGCAUGCAUUUGUUGGUGUUCAACGGUACUGCAUC